UGCAGCACCUCUCAGAUCUGGACGCAGAGCAGAGAGAGGGGUCAAAAUAGACUCGGUCAUGGAGAUGAGCGCAGACGUUUUUUAUGACAAUGUGAACUUCACGUCAGACAGCGGCAAAGACACAGGACUGAAGAAGGAGAAAGAUACGGAUCUCGACAAGGAAGAGACAUGUCUUUAUUCUUAUGUUGACAGGAAGCCAAAAGAACUUCAACAACAAAAUGCCAAACCCAGCAAAGUCACAGAACCCACAGCCCCUGACCAAGGACCAGAACUAGGACCAGGACCAGGACCAGGACCAGGACCAGAACCAGAACCAGAACCAGAACCAGAACCAGGACCAGGAUCAGGACCAGCCGCAAGUUGUGGGGGUCCGAAGAGGGACAUCUCCAGAGCUGUAGCUGUGUGUCUGGCACUGCUGUGUGUUCUUCUGCUGGCUGCGCUCAUAGCUCUGGGAAUAUUAUACAAUCAAUUCAAAGAGAAUGAGAGAGACCAACUACAAUCCAAAUACAACAAUGUGACUCAAGAGAGAGACCGCUUACAGAUCAGUUACACCAACGUGACCAGACAGAGAGACCAGUUACAGACCAGUUACACCAACGUGACCAGACAGAGAGACCAGUUACAGACCAGUUACACCAACGUGACCAGUGAGAGAGACCAGUUACAGACCAGUUACACCAACGUGACCAGACAGAGAGACCAGUUACAGACCAGUUACACCAACGUGACCAGAGAGAGAGACCAGUUACAGACGAGUUACAGCAACGUGACCAGAGAGCGAGAACUGUUACAGACCAUUAACACUAAUCUGACCAGAGAGAGAGACCAGCUGAACACCAGCAACACCAUCCUGACCAGAGAGAGAGACCAGCUGAACACCAGUUACACCAUCCUGACCAGAGAGAGAGAUGACCUUAAGAAUAAGCUAUGCAAUGUCACUUCCUGUUCUGCUAGCUGGGAGAAGUUUGGCUGCAGCUGUUACUACGUCUCCACUGUGCAGAAAAACUGGGCUGACAGCAGACAGGACUGUAAAGACAAAGGAGCAGACCUGGUGAUCAUAAAUAACCGAAAGGAACAGGAUUUCCUCAAUAACCUCAAAAAGAAAAUGUGGAUCGGUCUGUCUGACACAGUAACAGAAGGGAACUUUACCUGGGUGGACGGAACUCCACUGACCACACCCACGUACUGGUUCAGCCCUCCAGCCCAGCCUGAUAAUAACCUUUAUAACGCAGACAUGGUUGAUGAGGACUGUGCUGAGAUAUACUACACAUCUCCUCGACUUUCAAAUGUUCUCCCUCCCAAUACAUGGAAUGAUAACAGAUGUGAUUUGACUUCGAAUUUCUGGGUCUGUGAAAGAGGGAUCUAACAGAUAUACUCUGGGUUUUCUAUGCAUAAUUAAUUUUUCUAUGCAUUUUUCUAGCUACAUAAUUUUCUUGUUAAUAACACCUGUCAUAGCUGCAUGAUUGAAAUAACUGUGAUAAUGAGCUUUCACUUCCUAUUGGCUAAUAGAGGAAAUUAUGUAAUAAUGAGUUACAUAGGCUCAAUCUUUAUAUAGCUACCUAGCAACAUUUCUAUUAGUUAGUUGAGCUUAUUAUCUACCACACAGCUUGGUUUUCUUAUAAGCUAUUUCUGAAAUAAAACAGUCUUUUGGU